CCAUUGGCACUCGUAGCCCCAGCGGUUGCUACUAGCUUGGCAUACAUCAACGCGAAAACGAGUCUCUUCUAUGAUUACAGUAUUCUCAGCGCUGCAAUCAAAGGCGCAGUCUCGACACGCCAUCGGGAGAAGAAAGAUAGGCUGAGCCCGUUCUAUGACAUUGAGCAACAUGCACAAGGAAAACUGGCAAACAAAACCUUGUUAUCCUUCGAGGGUCGACAAUGGACAUACAAGGAAGUGUACCAAACCGCUCUAAAAUACGGAACGUGGCUCAAGACAAAGUACCACAUCAAGCCCAAAGAGAUUGUGGCGAUAGACUUUAUGAACUCGGAGCACUUCAUAUUCUUAUGGGUUGGACUAUGGUCCAUUGGGGCAAAACCAGCUUUCAUCAAUUACAACCUCACGGACAAGGCGCUGGUACACUGCAUCCGAGUCUCAACGGCCCGGGUCGUAUUUGUAGAUCCACGGGUGCAACAUAAUGCUACACAAGACGUCCGAGAUGAGCUACCCAAUGUUCAGUUUGAAUUCUUUACCCCGGAAUUAGAAGUAGAGCCAGUGACAACAGAAGGUGUACGGGAGCCUGACACAGCGCGAUCGGAGGACAAGCCCACUAAUAUGGCGAUACUCAUCUACACAAGCGGUACUACUGGACUUCCAAAGGGUGCUAUUGUCAGUUGGCAAAAAGUGUUAGGCCUUGCAAAACUUGUCCCUAGUUGGACAUCUCUCAACCAGAAUGAUGUCUUUUAUACUUGUAUGCCUCUGUAUCACACGUCUGCCGCUCUACUUGGAUUUUGCACCGUAGCCAUUCUUGGUGGAAGCCUUGCCCUUGGCAGAAAGUUCUCCACCAAGACUUUCUGGGCAGACUGUCGGUCAACGAAUGCUACCGCAAUCCAAUAUGUCGGCGAGACUUGUCGUUACCUCCUCUCCGCACCCACAGAAAUUGACUCGGCCACAGGUCAGAACCUCGACAAGAAGAACAGCGUCCGACUAGCAGUUGGCAAUGGUCUACGACCCGAUAUUUGGAAUAAGUUCAAAGAGCGCUUUGGCAUUCCUGAAAUCGCAGAGUUCUACGCUGCAACAGAAGGCACUAACGGAUCUUGGAACUUCAGCCGCAACGAUUUCUCCAAAGGCGCAAUUGGGCGUGCCGGUACGCUCCUGAAAUUUCUCUCCCGAAAGGUCACCGUCCUCAUAGAAUUAGACCUAGAAACCGAACAGCCCUGGCGGGAUCCAGAGACCGGAUGCUGCAAACGAGUCGAGCCUGGCGAACCAGGAGAACAGCUAUACAAAUUAGACCCGGACAAUAUCUCGGCAAGCUUCCAAGGCUACUUCAACAACCCCUCCUCCUCAGACAGCAAAAUCUUGCGUAACGUGUUCGAGAAAGGCGAUGCCUGGUUCCGAACCGGCGACAUGCUGAUCUCUGAUUCCGAAGGCCGCACUUAUUUCAAUGACCGCAUUGGCGACACAUUCCGUUGGAAAGCCGAGAACGUCUCCACCAACGAAGUAUCCGAAGCACUCGGCCACCAUGCCUCUGUGAACGAAGCCAACGUCUAUGGCGUAGAGCUUCCGCACCAUGAUGGUCGCGCGGGCUGUGUAGCGAUCGUGCUGGCGCAUGAGCCCAGCGAGAAGCUGAUGCGUGAUCUUGCAUCGCAUGUUCAUGAGCGGUUGCCUAAGUUCGCGGUGCCGUUGUUUUUGAGAAUUACGAAGGCCAUGCAAACGACUGGGACGAAUAAGCAGCAGAAGCAUGUUAUCAGGGCGCAAGGUGUUGAUCCGGAAAAAACUAGUGGUGAUGAAUUUUAUUGGUUGAAGGAUGGUUCUUACGUUAAGUUUGGACCCAGGGAUUGGGAUGAGUUGAAUGGUGGGAGGGUUAAGUUGUGA